ACCAGGCCAUUUCAUGAAAAGCCGAAACCAGUGAGACAGCGAUAGAAGGGCAGUAGUGUGCUUCUGCCCAGUUAGUCGCAUAAGUAAUGUAGCUGCGGCCGCCACCUGCUUUCGGCCAGUCGCUGCCUCGAACUCGGGUGGGAACUUUCGGUUUCUGUUCUAGGAAAGCCGGGUGGUGGUUCUUCCUGUGCUGCAGAACGGCAAAGGCUCGUAGUAUAAAAGUUCCUCCACGGCGAAUAUCACGCAGACACGGGGACUGUGUGCCAAGCACCGCGCAGGCAUGUCUUCCGACGACGAUUUAGUUUGCGACUACGAUUCGACCUGGGAAUCUGAAAGCGAGGAAGAUGACCCUGGGGGAAAUGGAGCGCGGAGAUCUAUAUCGAGCAAAUCUCAGAAAAGCUGGAGUUUUAGCUUUUUCCAGCCUUCUCGAAAUCAGCGUGCUGCAAUGGACAUGCAGAACUAUAGGCACGGAUAUCCAGAAUUUCAGGACAAUGAAGAGUAUUCACGUGGAAAGAUGUUCAAUUUGAAGUUCUACCUGAAUGAAAUUGGCACUGAGCCAGAUGGAAUAAUGAUCAAAGAAUUUCUCCAAAACUGGAAGCAAGACUAUAAGAAAUUAGAAAGAAACCAUUCCUACAUUCAGUGGUUAUUUCCUUUACGUGAGCCAGGAAUGAACUACAUGGCCUAUGAACUAACCAGGGAAGAAAUUGAGGAAUUUCAUAAAAAUGAAGUAGCCAAACAAACACUUAUCCAGUCUUAUGAGCUCAUGCUGGGAUUUUACGGUAUAGAGCUGGUGAACAAGGAGACUGGAGAAGUGAAGCGAGCUUGGAACUUCGAGGACCGAUUUGAUAAUUUAGACCGAAACAUGCACAACAAUCUUCGCAUAACCCGUAUCCUGAAGUGUCUGGGCGAGCUGGGGUUUGAACACUACAAGGCUCCGCUGGUCAAAUUCUUCCUAGAAGAGACUCUGGUGAAUAAGGAGCUGAGCAGCGUGAAGCGCAGCGUUCUGGACUACUUCUUGUUCUCUAUUCGAGACAAGAGGAAGCGCAGGGAACUGAUCGAGUACGCCUACCAACACUUCGAGCCCAAGGACAAAUUUGUGUGGUGCCCCCGGAGGGUUCAGAAACGUUUCGCCAGAAAGAGAUCAGCGGACAGCAGUGAGGUCUCGGCCUCCGAAGGCAACCGGAACAAGGACGUUCAUCCUGGGAAGGGACGCGUAGUGGACAAAGGGAAGGAUAGCAAGGAGGAGGAGCAAGGUAAACCAGCUGAAGAGGGGACGAAAAAUAGGUCAGAGGAGAAAUGCCCUGACUACAAAGUGAAAGGAACAGUCGCUGAUGACGCAAGUCAAAGUAAUGAACAGAUAAGUCUGUCUGACGACGCGCAGUCGGAACUUUUACCAACAUCUGCAGAAAACGGGCAAAAAGAGGUCGGUACAGGUGAUGGAAAAGAUGAGGUCAAAAAGAACUGCGAGCUGCCAAAAGACUGCAAUUCAACCAACGUUGAGGAAGCAGCAUCCCCUCAGGACUUCGCGUUUAAAGGUAAACAAGAGAACGAAAGUAGAGAUGAGGGAAGAGGAGAAACCGAGAAAAUAGGCAAUGUUGUGGAUGAUGAUCUACAUGAAAACAAUGAUGAAGCAGAAGCUGGAGAUGGAAAAAAUAAGAAGAUGACGCCAUGUGAGCGCAGCCAUAGUUCCUUGACUAUCAUGCCAGAUUCCGAACAAAGUGCAGCUGAGAAUGAGCAGAAUCACAGAUCACCUGAAGAUCAAUUGGAAGGUCCUCAAGAUGCAGCACUCCUGGGAACUCAACAAAACCAGGAACCAGAUCGAACACCAAGCCAACCAGAACUAAUUGAACCAUCUCUGACUGACGGUACAGAUGCAGGAGAAACACCAGACGGCACAAAUAGACCUGCAGAUGUGAGCAUUACUAAGUCAGCUCCGAUAACCAAUGAGAACUCUAAUCAGAAAAGUGGGCGUGGCAAACGUACAUCCACUCUGUCCAAGGAGGAAGACAUGGAUGUUGACUCAGUGAACAUUGAUGCACACAACAAUUCAGAGUCAGAAAUGGAACAGGGAGAUUAAAAUUGUGAUAAGUUUACAACCGAUCACAUCAAUCUGUUACGAAAUAAUAAAACCUAAAUAUAUUAAGUGAAGGAGAUUUUAUGUACCAAGACACAUUCUUCCUUUAAAAGGUCCUCUGUAGGUUAAGCUCCUUUAUAUGAUCAUAGUUUUUAAGUUCUGUUUUAUAGUCUUAAAAGACUUUCUGAAUAGACUGGCUCGUAGAAGAAAAAUGAAUUUUAUUAGAUCCCACACCAAAAUUAAAUCCAGAAAUCAGAUGCAUUGCCCAUCACAAAUUCUGUGUCACUUAAAGGCAGAGUUCUGCAUGGUUUCAUCAUAUACUAGACUUAAAGUUUUGUGAUUGUUGAGUGGCUCAAAAAAUUGAUAUAGUGCAGUGGUCAUGUUUCCCCUUAGCCGUACCCUGAAGUAUGUCUACAACUACAAGUCUACAAAAUGCAGUAUAUAUUAACAUAUUGAAGCCUUGAAGCCAACAGUUAUCUCCCUUUACAAGUGUCACCUGAAAUUAUAUUUUGUAUAGUCUGAAUAGGAGAAACAUUCUGACUUCCUGUAUAUAAUGGCAGAAUUAUAUGCAUAGCCAUUUGGUACUACUGCUAUAUGGUUUGAAUGAUGAUUUUUAAAUAUCUGUUUCACAGUGCUUUGAGUCAUAAUAUUUUCUCCAAAUGUUGUAAUAUCUUGUGUUGUUGUUGAAAUGUGAGUUUAUUGGAUGUAAGAACAGCCUUAAGCAUAUGUUGUUAUUCAUGAUGCAUUACAGUUGUAGGUGCCAAAGUUAUUUUUUCCUCACAUUUUUUAAAACUGAAAUCUCAGGAAGAAAAUAUUUUGGAGGUGUAUGAUAAGGUUCUUUCUUUUUCAAUAUCUUCUCAUACAACUAUCGUUUAUAUAUGUCUUUCAAAACUUGAACUACAUCUAAAUCUCUGUAACAACAAGGCAAGUAGUAAUGGAGUCAUUUUAUUUGAUGCAAAUUAAACAUUACCUAUUUA